AUGGAGGAGAUGCAUCCCUACACGGCCGACGUCUUCGUCACACCACCGGUGCCAGGCGGUAUGGGCACGGCAGCAGCAGAACUUGACUUGCUGGAAGCAUCAGCGCCCAUGGAUGUCGGACCUUUCAAUAUCACUGAUGGCGCAGAUGAGGACGCCAUCCUCCAACAUCUGACCCAUUCAGGGCCACAGUCCGAGUCACAAUCAUAUUCUUAUCGACAAUUACAACUUGCUCAAUCAUCAUUCUUGCAAGAUCAAACAAGCUCUUUAGUCAGAAGUAGCGGGCACAUAACGCAGACAUCACCUCAAUGCCGGAAUCUGGGAAGUGACAUGGCUGGUGCACCAGUUGAUGGUGGGAAUGACGAUACGUUCCCAAGAUUCCCAUCCGUUCCAUUAUUGUCAGGGUCAAAAGUUUCUCUGCCGGAUGAUCAGGUAGCAAUGGGCUCAUUAGCUACCACCAACCCGCCUUCCGGGUCUGCUGGUGCUGAUGCCACCAUAAGCCCUAACCAGAAGCACCAGCAGCACCAGCAGCAGCGGCAGCAGCAACAGUACACUAUGACCGCUGGUGUAGUGGGACAAGAAGAUGCCACAGCUUCAAUUGCAAAUAUUUCCAUGGUGCAUGGGGCCGGCUGGCAUGAGUUUCACUCGACUCACGGGAUUGGGUAUUCACAUGGUUCCUCGGGGAUGACGACGCCACCAGUCAAUACGGUGCCAGCUACUGACAAUCACGAAGAAGAGAUUUGCAGCGUGAGACUGUCAUCGAGUGGUGGAUCUAUACCAUGGAAGCACCGGCCAUUGAACCAUGUAUGUGAUUAUGGGGACUGCACUCGCCGCUUCCGAAGCAGUUUCGACCUGACCCGGCACAUGUGUACACAUACAGGUGAAAAGCCUUUUCAAUGUGGAAUCUGUCAGCGCGAUUUUACAAGGCUGGUCAGCCUGAACGAGCACAAGGUCACACAUACUCGUAAGAAACCAUACCAGUGUGUGUUGUGCCCUAAAAGAUUUGGUUGGCAGCGGAGUAUGCGUCGACACAUGAAGGUUCACCAACAGCGAGAAUCAAGACCAACCCCAGGCGUGCAUCACGGAGACUCUCCGGGACGUGUCGGUACACCUUCAGUUUCCAACAUGGUGAGCUUGGCAUCACUUUCAGUAAUAAAUGCAACUGGACAGUCAUCUCAAGCAGUCACUGCGUCCCCUAUUAGUGCAGCCUCCGUUGCGUCUUCGAAUAGCACUGCUGCAUCGACGGGCACCACCACCUCCGUCGACGCACAGCAACAGUUAACAAUGGCAGGCUCAUCCACGGUACAGCAACAGCAACAGAUACAUUAUCUGCAGCAACAGCAACCAGAACACCAGCAGUAG